UCUGGGCUCGACUAUCCUGCCUGCCGGAUCUUCGAAAACCUCGCGGAAGUACUGACGUGUUCACUCCAAGAGGUGGCUAGUUUAGCUAGCUAGGUAGAGCCGGGUAGUGACACAGCGGCCGUAUCAGAGCUGUUUGAUUUCUGACUAGGCUAGCUUGCUAGCUGUGGAGUCGUUGGCAACGCAGGACCAUAUCACCGGAAAAUGUCAGAAGGGGAUAGUGCUGGUGAGUCAAUCCAUGGGAAACCAUCUGUAGUUGCCGCCUUUUUCACACGGAUUGGCCAGGUCUAUCAGUCAUGGCUAGACAAGUCAACGCCGUUCUAUAUAGUGCGAUGGGCAUCCACUCUUCUACUUACAGCUGUCUACAUGAUCAGAGUGUACAUACUACAGGGCUGGUAUAUAGUAACAUAUGCUUUGGGAAUCUACCAUCUCAAUCUCUUCAUUGCUUUUCUAUCGCCAAAAGUGGACCCUUCACUGCUUGAAGAAGAUGAGGGCCCAUCCCUUCCCACCAAGCAGAAUGAGGAGUUCCGCCCUUUCAUCAGGAGGUUGCCUGAGUUCAAGUUCUGGCAUUCAGCAACAAAAGGCAUUGUCAUCGCCAUGAUUUGCACAUUUUUCGAUGCCUUCAACGUGCCAGUGUUCUGGCCUAUACUUGUAAUGUACUUCAUCAUGCUCUUCUGCAUCACCAUGAAGAGGCAGAUCAAGCACAUGGUGAAGUACAGAUACCUACCAUUCACACAUGGGAAGAGGACAUACAAAGGCAAGGACGAAACAGGGAAACCUUUUGCUAGUUAAACCCCCCCCACCCCCCCCUUCCCCUCCUUGUUUAAAAUGUAUCUGUCACAGCCAGUGGGGAGUGACAAGGGUUAGAGAUUAAUUUUCUUUUUUUUGUAAGAGGGACAGUAACAUAAAACAUAACAUUAAAAUAUAGUUUUGAUCCAUGGUUCACAGUGUUGGAUAAGGAUAUGAGCAGCACGGAUCAAAUUAUUAUGGGGAUAUUGCCUUUGUCUAUUUUGGGGUAGGAUUUUUUCCCCUUUUUUCAGACCACAGUCCUAAUUUUAGGAUGGGUCUGUAUUUGUUCAGUAGUGGGGGAGAUUCAGUGCUGCCUUUUGCCUUUUUUAACCCCAAGGGGUAAGUAUAAAGUCAAGAAGGAACCCCUCUGAAAAAGAAAAGGAAUGGGUUUUGUGAUCAUUUUUUUAAAUGAUGGGGAUUCCUUUACAUUUCCUUCUUUGAAGUGAAAUAAAUCUGCCAACUUUUGAUUAAUACAUUGGUACCUGCUUAUUUGUAACACGUUUAUAUGAAAGUCAGUAGUGUUGAUAGCAGAAUAACAUGAUGAGAUAUAUGAGAUGAAACCUGAAGGAAAUGACAGUCUUGAAGUUGCUCUCUGUACUGAAUUUAGACAGAUUGGAGAUUCAGUCACUACUCACUUGAAUAUGCAUUCAUGACAGGCAAAGAAGAACAUUUCAUCUUUAUCUUUACCAUUUUUAGCUGAAUUAGUAAUGACUCUCAGCACAGAUACUAUUUCAAAGGGUUUUAUAUUGAAUUGGAAACUUAAUUGCUGUGUUUAACCUGAGGCUAAAGCAGGCAUCCUUAUAGAUGAUUAUUAGCAACCUAACAUGAUUUCCAACCACCCAAUGCAUCGUUAAAUGCUUUUUGAUCACGGGUGUCACUGCCCCAAUCAGUUUAGUCUCCUUUAGCUUGUAGUUUUUGUUUGAAUCAGCUUUCCACUUUCAUACCUGCAUAUAGUUUAACAGAUCAGAUGCCCUGUGCUUGACCAACUCAUAAAUCAAAUUUCAAAAUUCUUUGAGGAGACAUUUGGCUCACAAUUAUAACUCAAUUGAUCAACUUUACGUGUUUCUAGUUUGAAAAUUCACUGUCUCAAAAGUGCAAAGCCAGUAUUCAAGUCAAAUUCAUUAGUGUCUAGUCUAGGGGACAAAAAGAGCAAUUUCAUGGUACCCAUACGACCUUUGCCUUUUGAAACAUUUACCCAUCUUUGUUUCGAAACCUCAGGUCCUUCGAUUUGUGUAGACUAGCUGUAGUAGUCCUUAAUAAUCUGUGUAUACUUUGAAAAAAAUAUGGUAAAUAUAGUCAUUCCAAGCAAACUUUUGUUCUCUUUCUUUUGCAGAGGAAACAUAAGAAAACAGAGAUUGAAAGCUUUUAUUGUAAGAAAUGGAUGAAGUGGGUGGCGAACAUGCUGUUUUCUAUGCCUGUUAAUUUUUGUCUUCAUUUUUAUCAAAAUGCUGGGGAUUUUCUGUCAUCAUAAACUUUGAUCAGCACUGUAGUAAGGGAUCAAAACGUUUUCUGUACAAAGUUUGUGUUACAAAAGAUUGUCAGGAGGAUUUGUUGUAUAUAUAUAUUUUAAAAUAUGAAUUUUUUUUUGAGAUUAUUAUUAUUUCUGUUUUUUUCUUUCAACCACCAUUUCCAAGUGUUUAAAACCAUCUCAAUUGAAAUUGAUGAAAGCAGAGCUGAUUAAUUGGGUUCUUGAUUUGAUAAAUUAAAAUAUGUUUAUAAUGGACUGCAUGUUAUUGUUUUCUUGUGCUACAGUUAAAAACAAAAACUUGAUUUUAAUAACUUAAGUGUAAUUUUUCACUCCAAAUGCUAUUAAAGAGGCUGUUUCCCUUCGAACUGUACACAUUUGUCUCAGCUUCAUUUUGUAUAUUUAGUCAGAUAUUGAGAUGACAGUUAAGACUUAAUUUGAUCAUGUCCCAAGGUGUCACAUAUAUUUCUUGAAGUUGCCCACAACAUUCUCCCCACUUGUGAAAGGCUCUAACAUGAUGAUGAUGAUGAGAAAAACAUCAGUGUCAACAACAACAAAUUAAAGUCCUGGAUCAAUG